AUGACCUCUGGAAGGCAAGACCCUGUCAUCGUUGCGUCCUGCAAGCAGACUCGGUUCCAUCUGGCUGAGGGGAAGAGUUCAGGCGAGAUCGAUAUCCAGGGGCUGGAUAUACUCAUUGCCUCUCGUCCAUCUCAGAACCAGGAUGCAGAGUCAUCAGGCGCCGGAAAGGUGAAAGCACGGAAGAAAGAGAAAGCAGGCAUGGGGGUCGAGAUUCUCACAGGUGCGAAUCUUCGACUAAAGGCCGGAGUCCACUAUGGCCUUGUUGGUCGGAAUGGGACCGGAAAGUCAACCCUACUCCGAGCUAUGGCCGACAGGCUUAUACCUGGGCUACCUGAGUCCGUUAGGAUUGCAAUUCUUCAGCAAACCGACGUUGAAGUUGAUGUUGAUCCUGUGGCAUCGGUGACUGGGGAAACAGCGGCAUUGCAAAUCAACGACGAACAAUCAAAAAAGGAGCCAAAGACUGUUCUACAGCAGGUUGUGCAAAGUGAUACAUCACGGAACGAGAUCACACGGAAAGUAAAAAUCCUAUCACAUGCGCUGGAAGACCAGGAAGACUCCCUAGCACCAGUAAAGGCCAUCAGGCAGCUACGCCACGAAGCCUGUCAACACCAGCUGUUUCUGGCUCGGAAGAAUGCAAGCCUGAGAAGUGGUGCUAGAGGCCUACAGGCUAGAAAGGACUUGAAGGCAGCGGAGAGCAAGCUUGAAGAGUCCACAGGGUGUCUCAACGAAGAUCUUACAGCAUUGGAUGACUCUAAAAUUCAGGAAGAGACCCAGGCGGCAGUUGAGUUACUUGCGGACGUAGAGGCUCAGCUUGAAAGUAUUAACGUUGUAGACCUGGACCAAGAAUCUCGAAAAGUCCUUCUGGGUCUAGGCUUUAAAGAAACUGAUUUUGACAGACCGUUUCUAUCUCUAUCAGGAGGUUGGCGUAUGCGAUGUAUGCUGGCUGGAGCACUGAUUCAGAGUGCCGAUAUUAUGAUCCUGGAUGAACCAACCAACUUUCUCGACAUGUUGGGUGUGAUAUGGCUGGAAACAUAUCUCAGCCGAAUGCAAGAGGGUUGUGAUAAGACAGUGGUAGUGGUUUCCCACGACAGGGCGUUUCUCAACAAUAUAUGCGAGGAGCUUAUAAUCCUCAGGGACAAGACGCUUACUUACUUCAAGGGCAAUGUCUCUGCGUAUGAGCAGGACCAAGAGUCUCAGAAGCUUUACUGGGGGCGUAUGAAGGAAGCGCAAGAACGACAGACUGCUCAUAUUGAGAACACGAUCAAGAACAACAUGAAGAUAGGCAAGAAGACAGGAGACGACAAUAAGCUGCGAAUGGCCAAAUCCCGGCAGAAGAAGCUGGAUGACCGGAUGGGGGUGCAAGUAAGCGCGACGGGAGGCAGAUUCAAGCUGAGUCGUGACCGGGUUGGAUGGCAUGAUUCUAUGCGGGCUGAAAUUGAAGUCCCAGCGGACGAGAAAGGGGUAUCGAUUGGCCUUCCGGAUGCGCCAGACCUAAGGUUCCCAGGGCCUCUGCUCUCGCUGGAGGGAGUGACAUACCAGUAUAAACGCGGUGGCCCCGUUGUACUCAAGUCCGUUGACCUGGUAAUGCACAUGGGUGACCGUGUAGGUAUCCUGGGCCUCAACGGGUGCGGUAAGUCAACGUUACUAAAACUGCUGGUGGGAGCCAACGAGCCAACACAGGGGAAGAUAUCUCGCCAUCCCCGACUGAAGCUGGGCUACUACUCUCAACACUCGGUCGAGGAGCUCCAGGAGCUCGGCAGAUCAUCACCGACAGAGACGGGACUGAGCCUUCUCUGCCGGGAGACUGAAGGCGUGCUCGACGAAGGAGAAGUCAGGGGUAUGCUCAGUUCGCUGGGAUUGCCUGGACGGACGGCGUCAGACGUCCCCGUCUGCCAGCUGUCGGGUGGACAGCUUGUUCGGCUUGCCCUUGCGCGGAUCCUCUGGCCGAUGCCACACAUCCUGGUGCUUGACGAGAUUACAACGCAUCUUGACUUCCACACCGUUCUUGCACUGGCUGCAGCUCUCUCAUCGUAUAAUGGGGCACUGCUCCUGGUUUCCCAUGACCGAUACCUGGUUCGGAAGGUGGUCGAAGGCAAGGAGAACCUAGACGGUGAUGAUGACGGCGGAACGACAGAGCAUGAAGCCAAGGGCCACGGAACGGCAGCAGUGGAUGAGUCUCAACGCCGAGACGUCGUUGUGCUCAAGGCUGGCAAGCUGCAGCUGCAGGAGGAUGGAGUCGACCAGUUCGAGGCCAGCCUGCAGAAACGGGUCCGGAAGAUGGUUGCUUAG